AUGAAAACUUUGGCAGUCAUUAAGCAGAUUAGCAUUAAACUGCAAAAGAAGUCCAAUGACAUCGUGAAGGCAUACUGUAUGAUGUCAGAGACCAAGAAAGAGUUGAACGAAAAGAGAGACGAGGCUGAAGCUGUGUUCAAAAGAUGGUACUCUAAUGCUGUCGAGCUCAGUUCAGAACAGUCUCAAGACAGCAGCACCGGGCAAAUGCACCCCAUGACACUCCUGAGGAAUAAUACCAUCGCAAUCUGUUUGUUCCUUUUCUUGACCAUAUUACACAAGAGAUGUCUUCAAGGUAAUAUGUUUUAAUCAGGUCUUCAGAACAUUUUAGAUAUGUUGUUUGCAAAAUAAGACGACCUUCAGGACGGGUUCCCCUUUAAAGUGAUCAGAUUACAUAGCUGUUCCCUUACUCUUCUCCAGUUAUAACAGUCACACUACACAAAGUACAACAGAGUACAAAUACGCGAAUUCUGAUCAGUGGUUAUAUUUUGAAUUGUUCUAGAUUUGGUAAUACUCAGAAGACUGCUGUGCAGUUACUUGGUCUAGUUCCAAGCAUCACCAUGUCAUGCACAGAUGCAAACAUUGAUGUGGUUUCAGAGAUGUACAGCUCAGAACUGCCAAACCCUCAAACUCUGGAUGCUGAGUACCAUCGAUGGACGAGAAAGUGGGAGUCAGAGAGAAGCCAACUAGACGCUCUUCAACCUGCAUUAGAGGUACAGAACUUAAUGUUUUUGUUUUUUAAUGUUCGCCUUUCAAAUUAAACUGAACUAUUUCUUUUUUGUUAUCUUAGACCUGUGAUGCAGACAUUUUCCCCAACAUCCACUGUUUGCUGCGCAUUGCAUGCACUAUUCCAGUGACUUCAGCUGACAACGAGCCUGCAAACAGUACCUUAAAGCUGCUUAAAGGCUACCUGCGGACCACCAUGACGACAGAAAGAUUGUCUGGCUUGGCGCUCAUGAAUAUUCACCACAAGAAACCCGUGAAUCAGAAAGAAUCAGACUUCCCUGAAGGAAAGCCUUAA